GUGCGACAGAGCUAACAGGAUGGGUACUCCAGGGAGAAGCCAGGGCUGGAGUCCUUGUGGGCAAGUGCCAGGGGUUUUGGUGUUAUGGAAUUCCGGGCCCAUGAGGAAGUGCACGUGUGUGCUCUUGGGGUGAAGCUGAGGCGAGAGCUGCGGGUGGAGCCCGCUUCCUAUGUGGAAAGGACAAGGCCCAUGGGUUUCGGGGCUGCCGGGGGAGAGUUCCAUGGCCAGGGCAGAACCAUGGGCAGAGCCAAGGAUGAACUGUGUAGGGUUGCCGCCUAUUCCCUCCCAUCCCAGGCUAAGCCUUCACUUCUUGUGAGGUCCCGGGCAACACUACCUGUCUUUUGCAUCACACCUCCAUUUUUAAAUGCUCUGUUAAAGUUCCUGUCUGGCUCAGAGAGGUGGGAUUAGUCCCUGCUUUGGGCUUUGGGGUUCUUGCUCCUUGGUGGGUAAGUAGCGCCCCAAGAGAAGAAGCUGAGACUCAGAGGUGGAACUGUGAAACUGGGCAACUGGGGCUUCCCAGACGCCAGGUCACUCACUGCUCUUGUUGGAAAGACUCUGGGCCAAGAGGAGGGGGCUGUGCCCCGCUUCUCCAGUCCUGCAGAGUGCUCCCAAGCAGGGGUGACCCCCAGCGAGAGGGGUCCCUGGAUUCGAGGCCUGCAAGGCGAGUCCAACAACUUCCCCUCGAGAAGUCCGGGAGGGUGCAGGCGAGCAGGAGGCGGGCGCUCGGGGUGGGCGCGGCCCGUGGCUCCCGGGGGCGCCCCUGCGGGGCUGGCUGGCCUUCUGCUUCUCUCUCAGCAGACCGCGGUGCGGAUGGCGGGGCGAUGGGCUGUGGCCGGGAUCGGGCCCGGGGCGCUGCUGGCUCUGCGUGCUCUGCUGGCUGCUGCACACCCGCAGUGCCUGGACUUCAGGCCGCCCUUCCGGCCGCCACAGCCGCUGAGCUUCUGCGCGCAGUAUUCCGCUUUCGGCUGCUGCACUGCGGAGCAGGACGCAGCGCUGGCCCGGCGCUUCCGGGCCCUGGAGGCUCGCCUGGACGCCGGGAUGUGGGCGACGUGUGCCGGCUACGCGCUGGAUCUGCUGUGCCAGGAAUGCUCGCCCUAUGCAGCCCACCUCUAUGAUGCCGAGGAUCCGGCCACCCCACUGCGGACAGUACCUGGCCUCUGUGAGGAUUAUUGCCUGGACAUGUGGCAGACCUGCCGAGGCCUUUUUCGUCACCUUUCCCCUGACCGUGAGCUCUGGGCCCUGGAGAGCAAGAGGGCCAAGUUAUGCCGCUACCUGUCCCUAGAUGACACCGAUUACUGUUUCCCAAGCCUGCUGGUCAACGAGAACCUGAACUCAAACCUGGGCCGUGUAGUGGCUGAUGCCAAGGGCUGCCUGCAGCUGUGUCUGGAGGAGGUAGCCAAUGGGCUUCGAAACCCCGUUGCCAUGGUACACGCUGGGGAUGGCAGCCACCGCUUUUUCGUGGCCGAGCAGGUGGGGCUGGUGUGGACCUACCUGCCUGACCGCUCUCGCCUGGAGAAACCCUUCCUGAACGUGAGCCAAGCAGUGCUCACGUCCCCCUGGGAAGGGGAUGAGCGUGGCUUCCUGGGCCUUGCCUUCCACCCCCGCUUCCCACAUCCCAGCAAGGUCUAUGUCUACUAUUCUGUGGCGGUCGGCUUCCGAGAGUGGAUCCGUAUCAGCGAGUUCAGAGUCUCAGAGGAUGAUGAGAACACCGUGGAUCAUGGCUCAGAGAGGAUAAUCCUGGAGAUUGAAGAACCAGCCUCCAAUCACAAUGGGGGCCAGCUGCUUUUUGGGGAUGACGGCUACCUCUACAUCUUUACUGGAGAUGGCGGGAUGGCCGGAGACCCCUUUGGGAAGUUUGGAAAUGCGCAAAACAAGUCGGCGCUGCUGGGCAAGGUGCUGCGCAUCGACGUGGACCGCAACGAGCGUGGCCCGCUCUACCGUAUCCCUCCCGACAACCCGUUCGUGGACGACCCCGGAGCGCGGCCCGAGGUCUACGCCCUGGGAGUGCGCAACAUGUGGCGCUGCUCCUUCGACCGCGGAGACCCGAUGUCUGGCACUGGCCGUGGGCGCCUGUUCUGUGGGGACGUGGGCCAGAACAAGUAUGAGGAGGUGGACCUGGUGGAGAGAGGCCGCAACUACGGCUGGCGCGCUCGCGAGGGCUUCGAGUGCUACGAUCGCAAGUUGUGCGCCAACGCCUCCCUCGAUGAUGUGCUGCCAAUUUUCGCCUACCCUCACAAGCUGGGCAAAUCAGUCACUGGGGGCUAUGUGUACCGGGGCUGCGAGUACCCCAACCUCAACGGCCUCUACAUUUUUGGCGAUUUCAUGAGUGGGCGACUGAUGUCCCUCCACGAGAACCCAGAGACCGGGCAUUGGAAGUACAGUGAGGUCUGCAUGGGCCGGGGACAGACAUGUGCUUUCCCAGGCCUCAUCAACAACUACUAUCCACAUAUCAUCUCCUUUGCAGAGGAUGAGGCAGGGGAGCUGUAUUUCAUGUCCACGGGCGUGCCCAGUGCCACAGCCGCACGUGGGGUCAUCUACAAAGUGAUAGACCCCUCCAGACGGGCGCCUCCAGGGAAGUGUAAGAUACACCCUGCUCAGGUGAAGGUGAAGAGUCGUCUCAUCCCCUUUGUGCCCAAGGAAAAGUUCAUCUGGACACCAGAGAGCACUCCGCGCCCCACGGCCCGCGCCCCAACCAAGGCGCCUCGCCGCAGGCGCCCCACAGCUGCUCCCCCGGCACCCACCAUACGUCCCACAAAGCCCGCACGGCCCACCCGACGACCAGGGGCCCGGAAGGGAGGCGGGCGACGGCGGGGACGUCCCAGCACCGCGGUCCCCGCGCCCCAGAAUGGCUCGGUGCGCCUGGUACGGCCCGCUGGCCUGAGCCCCGGCCGCGGGCGCGUGGAAGUGUUCGUAGGAGGCCACUGGGGUACGGUGUGCGAUGACGCUUGGGACACCAAAGCGGCCACCGUGGUGUGUCGCCAGCUGGGCUUUGCGCACGCGGUGCGAGCAGUCAAGCGCGCGGAGUUCGGCGAAGGUCGCGCGCUACCGAUCUUGCUGGACGACGUGCGCUGCGCGGGCAGUGAGCGCAACCUGCUGGAGUGCGCGCACGCUGGCGUGGGCACGCAUAACUGCAAGCACGAAGAGGACGCUGGCGUCGAGUGCAGCCACCAAGACCAGGACUUGUAGCCUGGCCUCAUCUACCUGACUGUGCCACCCUGGGAGGAUAGAGCCAGGAAUGCCCCUUUAGUUUGUGGGCACCCCGUACAGCGCACACCUGCCGUGGUGGAGGUUCAUCUGCAUAUGACCUCUGUGUCCCCCUGGGUGUGUGUGUGUGGUUUGUGCAUAAGAUCUCUUACCUCUCAGCACUUCUGAGAGUGAGGGCAGCAACUCUUCUGGAACAGCACUAGAUGGGGGAGGCUGGCUGCCUUUACAACGUUAGACUGAGGGAAAGGGCUAGGCCUCCCCUGCCAGGGCUGAGUGACAGGCUCCAUAGCGACAGGAGCGUGGUCGGAGAAACAUGGUCAGUGUGGGCAGGUGACGCAGCAGUCAGAGGCACCGCAAAAAAGGAUCAGGCAGCCUGAAAGCCAGAGAGGAGAAUCUUAUAGGGUCAGGGGGCCUUUGCCAUCCACCAGGAAUCAGGCUGCUGAAGGGAAUCAAGCGUCCAUGACAGAAGGCGGACUAGAGGACCUGGAGGACCUCGAAGGCCACUUGCUGCGCUCUGCAGGCACCCUGGACAGGCUACUGGGUCCCCUUUAUCCUUGAAGACUCUGACCCUCACCUAUUCACGAGACAGAAGCACCUUUAAGCUUCUGUUCAACCUCUGGGCUCCAGUUGGAGAUGGGGGUGGGACCUACUUUUAUCGCCUUACUGUCUCCAGCACCUCCCAGGGGAUCCUCAGACCCCCCCCCCCAAUCUAUGGGCUAAGAAGCCUUCGGACUGUCAAGACUACUCAUCACGGCUGUGUCAACUAUUCAACUACUUGCAAUCCUUCCCUCCCUCCUCUUGUCACCUGCCACACACCUGGAAACUGGAAUGCAAGAAGAGGGGGCAGAGCAAAGAGGGCGGGGCCUGCAGCUUCUCUCGGGCUCUGUGGGAAGAGAGCUCCUUGUUCAUGGAAGAAGGCCUCACUGGUAGCUCUGUGCCAGGUCCGGAUAGCUGUAACUUAGCUUCAGAUAAGGGUAAAGCCAGGGAAACAAACGAGUCACCAGGCAGGGAGGACAGGAUGUGGCCUGUGUCAGGCAGCUGUGGCCAGGGCUCUGGAUGAGCUCGGUGGCCCAACUCGGUCAUUCCUGCACUGGGUUCUGGUCUGAACAGGCCCCUGCGGUAUUGGUGCAGGGGAAUUGGUGCAGGCUCAGAUGUCCGCUCCUGUUCACCGCAGCUGAGUAGAGCUCUGUUGAAAGGCAGCUGAGGCUCACCCCGGCCGCUCUGCCCCUCUUCACACUGGUUGUCCUCUGAAAUAAAUAAUAAAGUUCCUGAACUGUUAAGGAAAUGACAGAAAAAGAAAACAUUGCUUCCUGGAGCAAAGCCGUGCAGUCCCAAGGCCUGAGAGCCGUGGAGCCCGUGUCCUAUGUGUCUUUGCUUUGUAGUUCCAGGUCGAGGUGCAGAGUUUCUGUACAGUCCUAUUCUGGUUAUUGAUCCGGGGGAGAGGCUUGGGCGUAGAUGACAGAUUGCUGUGCAGGUAUACUUGGUCUGUCAGGAUUAGCCGAGACAGCUCUUUCAACCUUCAACUCCUAAGACACCUCUGACAACCUUUGUUUUAUUUUGUUGUUGUUUUGGCUUUUUGAGACAGGUUUCUCUGUUUAGCCUUGGCUGUCCUAAACUUGCUCUGUAGACCAGGCUGGCCUCGAACUCACAGAGCUCUGCCUGUUUCUGCUUCGGUAGUGCUGGGAUUAAAGGCUUGUGCUGCCAUUGCCUGGCUGUGUGUCCACCUCUUACAUUAGACUAGAAGGUGCUUCUAGUCCUGUGUGGCCUGAGGACAGCCAGUCACUUACUUAACUGCUCCGAGCCUUGUGAGAAAAUGGAGGUAAUAAGAUUUCUGGACCUAAGGUAGAUUACAGAUGUAACCGAUACAUUCCACGAAUCUUCUGUAAAGAAAUCUCAGUUCUGAUUUGGUGACAUCCCUGUCCUUCCUCAGUGGCUCCCCCCAUCCUGUCCUUCCUCAGUGUCACCCCCAUUCCUGUCCUUCCUCAGUGGCUCCCCUAUGCCUGCCCCAUCCCUGUCUUUUCUCAGUGCCUCCCGCAUCCCAGAUCUUCCUCAGUCAGUGGCUCCAGAUUCACCUUUGCCGAAUCUCUCUGACGGUUCCUGCUGAGAAACGGCACUCCAUCGAGGGAUGAUGUUCUGACAAGUUUUUAUGUCAACACUAGCUAGAGUCAUUUGAGAAGUGGGAACCUCCGUUGAGAAAAUGAGUCCACCGGAUUGGCAUGUGGGAAAGCCUGUGGAUCAUUUUCUUGAUUGACGAUUGAUGUGGGAGGAUCACAGCCCACUGUGCCACCACUGGGUGGGUGGUCCUGGGUGGUAUAAGAAAGUAGGUGGAGCAAACCAUGGGGGAGCAAGCCAACAAGCAGCACUCCUCCAUGGCCUCUACAUCAGUUCUUGCUUCCAGACUCCUGAUUUGCGUUCUUGCCCUGACUUCCCUGGAUGAAGGACUACAAGAUGUAAGCUUCAAUAAACC